GCUAUCCAGCUGUUCAGACACUAUUUCUCUCUCUCAGCUUUCUUCAUCAGUUUUGGACAUGAUAGGACUGAAAAGGAUAGUGACCAUUUUGAUGGUGGUUGCUGCCUCGUAAAUCAUGGGGUGACACAGCAACAAUGCUCAAAUGGGUUUGAGGUGGACCGUACAUCAGGCCGAUGCUUAGAUGUCGAUGAAUGUCGGACUAUUGCUGAAGCCUGCAGAGGAGAUAUGGUGUGUGUCAACCAGCAUGGUGGCUAUUUAUGUGCUCCACGAACAGACCCUGUUUAUCGAACACCAUAUAUGAAUCCUUAUGCAGCUAGUUUAUAUCCCCCGCCUCCAGCCCCAGCUCCUCCUCCCAAUUACCCUACAGCUGCAAGAACUCCUCUCAUUUGUCGGUUUGGCUAUCAAAUGAGUGACAGCAACCAGUGUGUGGAUGUUGAUGAAUGUGCAUCAGAAUCACACCAGUGCAACCCCACCCAAAUCUGUAUCAACACUGAAGGAGGAUAUACUUGCUCCUGUACUGAUGGAUACUGGCUUUUAGAAGGCCAGUGCUUAGACAUAGAUGAAUGUCGCUUUGGUUACUGCCACCAGCUGUGUGCCAAUGUACCUGGCUCCUACUCCUGUACAUGCAAUCCAGGAUUUAUCUUGAAUGAUGAUGGAAGAUCAUGCCAAGAUGUGAAUGAAUGUACAACUACCAACCCUUGUGUACAAAACUGUGUCAACACCUAUGGCUCAUUUCUUUGCCGCUGUGACCCUGGUUAUGAAUUGGAAGCUGAUGGCAUUAGUUGUAGUGGGAGCACAGAACGAAAUAAAAGUCACUGUAUGUGUCCAGCUGAGAAUCCUGGUUGUAGAGAUCAGCCAUUCACCAUCUUGUACAGAGACAUGGAUGUGUCGGGACGAACAGUGCCCUCUGAUAUAUUUCAAAUGCAAGCCACUUCCCGCUACCCUGGUGCUUAUUACAUCUUCCAGAUCAAAUCAGGAAAUGAAGGCAGAGAGUUCUACAUGCGGCAAACUGGACCGAUCAGUGCCACAUUAGUGAUGACUCGUCCUUUGAAGGGGCCACGUGAGAUUGAGUUGGACCUGGAGAUGGUUACUGUUAACACUGUCAUCAACUUCAGAGGAAGCUCUGUCAUUCGACUGAGGAUAUAUGUGUCACAGUAUCCCUUCUAAACUUUAGAAUGUCAUUGCUUUCCUAAAAAAGAAAAAGAAAGAAAGAAAAAUUAACAGUCGAAAAGGACAUCAUCCCUUUUCUGCCAAAACUUUCUUCUCAGGAGUCAGUGCAUCUAAUAACGCAACAUGAAAUCAGUAUUAAAAGUUGUCACAGUGGCUCAUGUUACAGUGAUGGCCCAGGCCUCCUCAAGGUUUGAAACCGCCUGAGCUUUUAAUUCUCAAUGGAUUUCUUAGGCAAUUUGUUUUGUUUUGUUUUGAUUGAUCAUGUGCUCUUAAGAAGCUUUUUUCUUGCUUUCCAAACACUUUUUAGAGUGUGAUUAUAAGCUUAAACUGUGAAGCUCUCCACCUUUAUAACGGCAAUGCUACUUAGCAAAAGCACCAGCAAAACCAUGGGAAAAGCUAGCUUUGGCUCUGUUCUUUUUCCUUCCUUUAACAGAAGGCAAAAAUGCAAACAAAACAACUGUGGAAUUGGGGGAAUCAUCAGCCACUCUUUCAAAAAUAUCCGGAAUUAUCAUUUCUCAUCCUUCUAUGUUAUCUCAAUCAAAAACUGUCUCAUAUUGGCCCUCUUUUGUUUGCACAUCUCCAAGAAAUUAUCCUUCCUUUCAGUCUGGGUUCUUUAAUCCCGGAAAUCAUUGGUGAGGAUCCAUAGUACCAACACAUACCUAAGACUUUUACUUUUUGAACCUACCUGUGCAAUGAGGACCUACUUUUCUUUAAAAUGGAAAAAAAUCACAAGUAGUUUGUAAUAUGGCACAGGAUUGAUGCUCAGUUUUAAAAAUUAAACAACCUCAUCCCAGCUGUUGGGUACACAUUAAGUAGCUCCUUAGAUUACAGCAAUAAAGUCAUUAAUUUCUGAGGGGGAGAAAUUGGGAAGUCCAUUGAACAUACCUAUUGCAAAAUCUAUAUGGCCUGAUAAUCCAUUUAUAUUUCAGGCUCCCAAAUGGCCAACCACAAGGCAGCCUGCAAUUAGAUAUUGAGCUUUAUUGUAGUGCAUGAAAAUACACAUGUAGCCACAGGUCACUUUUCAACUGCUAUGGACAUGCUCUGCAUUCAGAGCUCUUCUUUGUUCUCUUCUGUGAGUAGGAACAACUGUGAUAUGAAAAAAGAGAUAACCAAGGUUUCCAGGUUCUCUAAUUAUCAGAUGGGAAUGUUGGCCAUGCAGAAGUUCUGAACUACAGUUCUCAUAGCCAUGUUGGAUGGAGUUGAUGGGAAUUGCAGGCCAAAGCUUCUGGAAGGUCAAAAGAUCCUUUCUUCUGGAUAAGUAGAAUUGAAGGAAAUAGGCUACGGCCUGAGUCUAGUGCCAUGGAAAGCCACUACAAGCAUAGACUGUUGCGUCCUGGGUGGUCGGACUUAGUAUAAAACAGUUUAUAUUAAGUGGUCUGACUUAAUAUAAGACACUUUUAUUUGUUCAGUUCUUCACAGAAAAGAAAUACUCUAUGCCCAUACAAAGCCAUGUACACAGAACAUCUUUCUGUGAAGAAGGGAGCCAGAAGUUCUGCAGCUCUAUAUAUACAUUUAUACAUAAUAAUUUAUACCCUAAACAAGCCAUUAUUAUCACAUAACAUUUAUUUGCUGUGAGUUCACAUGAAACAUUUCAUUCUUCUGAUUCAAUUAGACUGCUGUUGUGAUUGAGCUACCAUAGCAUUUAGCUAACAUGAACUGGCUAUGCAUUAUGUAAGUUUAGUCUCUGAAUGCACAUCUAAAAUGGUUGAAUUUCAAUGGUAGCACAGCAGCCUACGCAUCCAGGGCUUGAAAACAAACCCACUGAGAUAUGAUGAUGUAGACAAUGAUGCUCCUAGAUUUUAGAAAAACCUAAGUUGGAGACAUGUUUAUAGAAGCAAAACCUGAAAUGAAUCAUAUAAGGAAUACAUUUGUGACUACAGCUUCUUUCUUAUGCACAACAUUUGUCUUUCCAUUGUUGUUUAGAUUUGACUUCCAGCAUCAGUAGGAAUAUAUAUAAUAUUAAAUCAUUUCAAUAGAUUUCAGUAAAAAUAAUAGAUUCCUUCAGUGACUUUGGGAACUCAGGAUUUUUUAAUUGUUUUAUUUUACUUGGGUUUGUAAACUGUUUUCUGACAGAGAACUAGAUUACUCAUCAACAAACUAUAUGCAUUUAAGUGGUUCACAACAGUUCUAUAUCCUUGUUAGUACUUUGCCUAUCCUAAGCCCUGAAUAGUGUGAUCACAUAACAGAUUGUGGUUCUGAUCCAGUUAUGUCUAACCUAUACAUUAUUUAACAUGUUAAUCUUUAUGGACUCAAUUUCUGUUUUAGCUUCAGCAUUUUUUUCAUCUCAGCAGGCUCUAAUUUGAAGCAAGCAAAAGAUGUACAAAUCAAAAGGAAAUAAGGAGAUUCUGUUUGGGUAGAUACAGGUUUGGACUUUGAGUAACCUCCACCUUAAGCAAUUAAAUGUGGUUUCAUAAAAAAUGUCUUAGCAUAAACACGUUGUUGAACCAACACAUCAAGGACAGUUUAUAUAACUCACGUAUGAUGGAAGUGACUGGUAUGAAUUUAAGAAGCAUGAGACAUUAUUAUAGAUUCUUCCCACAUUUAUGCCUUUUGGGCGUUUAACAGUAUACAGUUUUACCAUUCAGUGCAUGAGGAGCUGGCAACCAUGGGCUCAUGCACUUUCCCUUGCCUUCUCCUCCAUUGGGAUUGUGAGGAGAUGUGAAGGAUUCACUUCUUGGUAUAAACCUGUAGUUUGUUAAUACAAAGAAGGAGAAAACUCUUUUUAUUUUCCUGUCUUGUUAUUAAACUACAGUAGUUCACUAAUUCAGAGCAAAUAAGGAACUGGUUAGCUUAGAAACAGAGGUGGCUCCCUUUUACCUCUGCUUGCCAUUUUAAACCAUAGUUUGGAGCUGCAUUUUAGGUCUUUGUGAAUUCAUUGUGUAACAUCAACAUACAUACCCAUUGCUUGUGAAAUGGCUUUCACCUCCACAACUCUCAGUUUGCCAUUUGCAAUAACUGGGUAAAUUCGUUUUUUGAGCAAACACGUGCAAUGAUUAACAUAAAGGUACUCCCUUUCAUUGUAUUAUAGGAUGACAGACUGUCAUAACAGAAUCCGAGCCUUUCUAGAACUACCUAAGUGCAGAUGGUUAGACAUAAUUCUUGCUUUGUCCCCUGAGAAGGCCAUAAUAAUUCCAGGUAAAAUGUUCUUAUGAAAUUAUGGAGAAGAUAUUAUCAGUUCACAAGUGAAUCCUCUGUGAAAACUUCCCUGAAAAAAAACAUGGAAAUCAGUAAGUAAAUAAAAUACAUUUGAACACUUGGAUGGUCCUAAUUCAUUUCUGUAGGUCUUCUGAAAGAAAAUUGCUCAACUGAUCAUGCUGUUUGGGUACAGUUAUAAAAACCAUGAGACAUGAGUUCUUGCUUUUUCAGUUUCUUAUUGAGCUUUUAUCUUUCUCACAGUAGUUUAGAUAGUUACUUAAUCUGGAGAGUAUCCAGAUAGGCCUCAUCAGAGUACUUUAUACAGACCAACAUACUGUGUCACAAAGAUGUAUUUCAUCUUGGAACUGUGAAGACUUGUAUCUUAUCCUUAGUAUGUUUGUCCAGUUGUUUGAAUUUGAUUUUAAAACACUCAGCCACCAUUCAGAUUCAUAAUCUAAAAACAUCUGAAGAACUGAUUAGUUCAUUCCCACUAAGAUUCUGAAGUGUCUAGACAGAAUUUAAAAGUUAAAAAAUAUGGGGCAUCCUAUAAAACCAAAAUAACAUGUCUUUGUACUUCUCUAUUUCAACCGCAGAGACCAGAUUUUUCUGUGUCUUUGGUCUUGCUGCAGUGUGAACUCAGUUAAUUUUUGUUGAUAUACAGUGACUAUAAAUUGUAAUAUAUUUAUGCUGCAUAUCAGCAAUAUUUGUAUGUUCUCAUUGUAUGCGAAUCUAAUGGGUUUUUUUAGAAAAAAAUUGGAACUUUGUAAUAGCAAGACCCUUAAAAAUCAGACACAUAGCUGUGUUAGUAUGGAAUAUUAGCAUGCAAAAGGAUCAUAAACUUUUGUAGAUUUGGGCUGCAUCUGCACUGCAGAAAUAAUCCAGGUUGACACAGCUUUAACUGCCAUGUGUC